AUGGAACCGGAGCUGCAGAGGCCACAGCUCCACAGGGCUGCACUUCGGCCACCAGAGGCAGAAAAUGUCUGUUUCACCACCCGGUGUCCAUCUAACUGGGCGCAGAAAGGGCAGCGGCCCAGCACAGAACGGCCAGGUGCCAGCGGCCGCCACGCUUCCCUUCCCUUCGCGGGUCGCGAGCUGCCGCCUCGGGGUCGCGAGCGUGCCUGUCUCCCAGCCCCCCCUCCGAGGCCAGCCGCGGCGACGCUCGGUGUGGCCGUGAAGACAAUGUCACCUGCCCUGGUCAGCGCCCGCUGCUGUGCCCCGGGGCGCACCCGGCCCCCAAGGUCUGAGCAGGCUGGGGCCUGUGGGCACAGCCUAAGGCACUUCGACCGGCCCCUGACCACGGGCUGGCCUGGGUUUCAGGAGCCGGUGAUCUUCGACGACGUGACCUUGGGCUUCUCCCCGGAGGAGUGGGGCCUGCUGGACCUGGAGAAGCGGUCCCUGUACCGGGAGGUGAUGCUGGAGAACUACAGGAACCUGGUGGCCGUGGAGCAUCAGCUUUCCAAGCCGGACGUGGUGUCUCAGUUGGAGGAGGCAGAAGAGCUGUGGUCCAUGGAGCGAGGAGCCCAAGACACCUUUGCAGCAGGUCACAGGACGCCAUGCAGCAUCCUGCUGCUGGCGGGAUCUGGCUGUGACCGGCCCUGCCCCAGCCUGGGCUCUCCCGGCUGCCCCAGGAGACUGGACCCCCCCGGAGGCCCCGGCCACACAGGCACGUUGCGUCUGCGCAGCGGCCGCCGGCCCCCUGUCCGGCCUCCUGACCGGCCUCCUGACGUCCCUCCCGUCUCGGUGCCCUCGCGGACGCAGGGCACACAGCUGCGGCUGGGCCCUCGCCCGCCACCCAGGCUGCAGCUCGGCGUGUUCGAAGGUCGUGACCUGGCGGCCGGCCGGCUCCCCCCUCCAGCCCUUCGCAUCGUUUCUGAACGGGCCGGCGACACUGUGCUGUCUCAGGCGCGCUCCAAGGAGCAGAUGCUGGAGCUGCUGGUGCUGGAGCAGUUCCUGGGCGCGCUGCCCGCCCAGCUGCGCCUGUGGGUGCAGUCGCAGCACCCCGAGGACUGCCAGCGGGCGGCCGCGCUGGUGGAGGACAUGGCGGGGAUCGCCCGCGAGGACGCGUCGCCCACCCAGGCCCCCGCCUGCGCGCCUGAGGCGCCCGUGCAGCAGGGCAAGGAGGAGGCCCAGGAGCACCCGCUGGCGAAGGCGGCGCCCGAGGAGCCCGUGACCUUCCUGGAUGUGGCCGUGGGCUUCAGCAGGGACGAGUGGGGCUUGCUGGACCCCAAGCAGCGCACCCAGUACCACGACGUGAUGCUGGAGACCCUGGGGCACCUGGUCUCUGUGGGCGCCGCCCCCGCCCAGGGCCCCCCGCCGCCCGCGUCUGGGCCCGGGGAGCAGUCGCUGAGCGGGUCCACUGGCGGCCAUCGGCCAGGUGGGUGACAGCCCCGCCCCGGCCCCAGCCCCCCGCCGUGUCUGCGCAGCCUCGGGCGCACUUGGGGGAGGUGACCCCGGGGCCUUCAUGGCACUCACCUCACCCGGGAGGAAACAGUUUUAACUUCGGAUUGAUGCACAUGAGAGCUGGGGUGCAGGCCAAAAGUGGGGGUGAGAGGAACUCCCCAGGGCUGAGGGUCACAGGGAG